AUGCACCAGCAAGAUGAAACAGCAGAGUAUGAACGACUUUAUGCCGAUCGCUCAUCUGGCGAAAAGUCGGAUGGUUCAUUUGACGACGAGGAAGAUUCAAAAUUAGCUUUACCAAGAGGUCGUAGCUGGUGGUUAUCAUGGCGCGGUUGGAUACUUCAUCUGGGGCUGCCCCUUGUAUAUACCGUUAUAUUCAUUGAAGCCAUGUCACAUGUGUGGAGAGGUGAUGGAGGAAUGUUCAGUCUAGUUGAAUCCCCGGCAAAGUACAUCGGCAAAAAGACACAUCUUGAAGUUUUCCCGCUGGACAAGUUCCUUGAAGGCCCGUAUACCGGGCAGCCCGGACCAGAGCUGGACGAAGUAUGGGGUGAUCUACUACAAUAUAACAACAUGCGGAUACCUGACGAAAUGGUUCAAACUCUGGGACGGGAGUACCAAGGAGUCAAACUGCCCGACGGGGGAUAUCUGGGGGUAUUGAGCGUCUUCCACGAAUUACACUGCAUUAAAAGAGUGUUUCGAACAAUACACUCAGAUUACUACUUCCCUAACGCCACUGCAGAGAUGCGCAAGGAGUUUACCGAGCACGCCGAGCAUUGCCUCGAACUCUUCAGAAUGUCGGCUAUGUGCCGCGGCGAUGUCUCAGUCCUCACACACAGAUGGGUGGACGGGGAUUUGUUGCCGCACGUGAAUCAGAGCUCUCCGCACCAAUGUGUGGAUUGGAGUCAAGUCAUGGACUUUGCCGAAUCUGCAUCGGUCGACGUCUUCCGUAAGGACUAUAUCAUUAACCCAGAAACUGGUAAGAGAUGCCCGGCCCCAUAUCAUCGAAAACAUUGCUGA